AUGCAGAAUCUGUCCAAGAAUACUUCUUUGAGACUGACAUCUCAGAAGUCUCUUCGUCAUCUGGGAUUAUGUUCUCAAAUAGCAACUGGACAGCAAACAUCCCCAGUUGUCUUUCCAGAAAAACGUAGUAGAGGGAAGACUGUAACACGUGGUGAAAUCACUAUCAACAAUGAUGAUUGUAACAAAGCCAGAAGGGAGGAACAAAAGAUUGACAUUGGGGAUGAGCAGUCUAAUUUACUAGGAUAUGAAGUGUUUUCUGGGAAACUGGCUUUGGACAAAAGGAAAUCUAAUAAGAAUGCUGAAGUACCAGUUUCAACAGAGAUUGCAAGCCAGGAUGCAGUUGAUGCUAAAUUGACAAGCAAGGCACUAGUCUGUGGUUCUCAGCUGUUGCGCCUAGAAGAUGUGAUUUCGGUAUCAUACUGUGUUGGUCUAAGACAUUUUACUGUGCAUGCUUAUCCCUUUAGAAAAGGUUUUAUCAAAAGCGGGAGAAGUCGGAAAGACUACCGCUUCUUAGCUUCUACCUCAGAAUAUGCACUUCAGUGGGUUAAUUCAUUUGCAGAUCAGCAGUGCUAUGUGAAUUGCCUACCUCAUCCUAUGGCUUCUAAGAAGCAGGGUUCAGAUUUGAUUUUCAAUGAAUUUCCUCCCGAAUCUUCUAUAAGAUGCAAGAGUCCACCAAAAAUGCUUGUAAUUUUAAAUCCUCGGUCUGGACGUGGACGUUCAACUAAAGUUUUUCAUGGCAUGGCUGAACCCAUAUUCAAACUUGCUGGGUUUGAGUUAGAGGUAGUCAAAACAACUUCUGCUGGUCAUGCCAGAAAACUCGCAGCCAGUGUUGAUUUCACUACAUGUCCCAAUGGUAUUAUAUGUGUUGGAGGUGAUGGAAUCGUAAAUGAGGUUUUGAAUGGUUUACUCAGCAGAGACAACCAAAAAGAAGCAAUUUCAAUUCCAAUUGGAAUUAUACCCGCAGGUUCUGAUAAUUCUUUAGUGUGGACUGUUCUUGGGCUCAGAGAUCCGGUUUCUGCAGCAAUUUCCAUAGUUAAGGGAGGUCUUACUGCCACUGAUGUAUUUGCGACGGAGUGGAUUAACACUGGGGCUAUUCACUUCGGGACGACGGUUACAUACUUCGGAUUUAUUAGUGAUGUUUUGGAGCAAUCUGAGAAAUAUCAAAAACGUUUUGGUCCUCUACGUUAUUUUGUUGCCGGUUUUCUCAAAUUCUUGUGCUUGCCGAAGUACAGUUACGAAGUGGAAUAUCUUCCUGUGGAAAGAGAAGCUGGGGAGGGUAAAAUUUUGUCUGACCACGAAAUUAUUGACAUGUCAGAGCUUUACACUGACAUUAUGAGAAGAUCCAGCAAGGAAGGCCUUCCUCGUGCCUCUAGCCUAUCAAGUAUUGAUUCAAUAAUGACACCCAGUCGCAUAUCUGGAGCGGAAUUAGAUACUACCUGUAGCAGCAUUGAACCUUCAGAAUAUGUUCGUGCCAUAGAUCAGAAAUCAAAACGGCUGUCUUCUGGAAGAAGCAAUUUGAGCGCUGCUGAACCAGAAGUUAUCCAUCCUCAUUUACCACAGUCAGGUACUCCAAACUGGCCAAGGACUAGGUCCAAGUCAAGAACAGAUAAAGGAUGGACUGGACUGACUGUUACAAAUGAUUCCACUAGGUCUGCCUUGGGAAAUACAACUACAAAUGAUAAAGAAGAUAUUUCAUCAACAAUGUCAGAUCCAAGUCCCAUAUGGGAUCCUGAGCCAAGAUGGGAUACUGAGCCUAACUGGGCUGUGGAAAAUCCAAUUGAAUUGCCACUGCCACUAGAGGACCCUGAAGAUGGUGACCAAAAUGAAAUGGUCCCAAAAUCUGAAGAUAAUUGGGUGGUCAGAAAAGGUCAAUUUCUUUGUGUCCUAGUAUGCAAUCACUCGUGUAAGACCGUUCAAAGUUUGAGUUCUCAGGUGGUUGCCCCAAAGGCGGAGCAUGACGACAACUCCUUGGAUUUGUUAUUGGUUCAUGGAAGUGGUCGUCUGAGGCUGUUGAGAUUCUUCUUGCGACUGCAAAUAGGGCGACACCUUUCACUUCCAUAUGUUGAAUAUGUUAAGGUAAAAGCAGUGAAGAUUAAGCCUGGAAAACACACGCACAAUGGCUGUGGCAUUGAUGGUGAACUAUUUCCUGUAAAUGGGCAAGUGAUAUGUUCAUUGCUUCCAGAACAGUGCAGGCUUAUAGGCCGAUCCCCCUGUUCUAACUAG